AUGAUAGCUCUCGCGAUCUUCGACUUCGAUGGCACCCUCUUCGAUACACAUGAAUCCAUCUCCCAAACCACGAAACUCACCUUCGAUGCCCUCCUUCCUGCCCACACCCCUCCCCAACCCGAAAUCCACCGUCUCAUCGCCAGCGGAGCGGGACUAGCAGAUACCUUCAAAGCCCUGCAUCCUUUCCCGGCCGAAUUUACUCCGACUGUUGAGAACGAAUGGAUUGAAAAAUACCGUGCUCUCUAUGCCACCCACGGUCAACUCAUCAAGGCCUUCCCCGGCGCCAAGGAUCUCUUGACCGAGCUCAAUGCCCACAAGAUCCCCAUCGCCAUUGUGAGUAACAAGGGUGUGGCCGCUGUGAAAACAGCACUAGAGCGAAAUGGCCUGGAGGGCUACGUUCCCGAGGAUUUAAUCAUUGGCGAUAAGACCCCCGGCGCCAAGCGCAAGCCGGAUCCGGCUAGCUUUGUGGAUGUCCUGAUUCCCGUCUUGAGAGAGAGUUAUGGGGUAGAGAUUGACUCGGACAAGGUGCUGGUAGUGGGUGAUACAGUAGCGGAUGUUCAAUUCGCAAGGAAUAUUAAGAGCAAAGUCUGCUGGUGUCGGUAUGGGUACGGAGAUCAGAAGGCUUGUCAGGAAUUGACGCCGGAUUUUGUUGUUGAUUCUUUGGGGGAAGUUGUGGGGAUUGUAAAGGCAUAA